AAGAGGAAGCCAUCUCUCUCUGUCUGUCUUCGUCUUACUCUAAGCGGCGAGAGAUUCUCUGCAACUUCCGAUUCCUUCCUCUCUCUCUCUCUCUCUCUCUGUUGAGUCUCCCUGGGAUCACACAAACUUUCUCGGUUUCCGUGAAUGGAAGAUUGUGCUUGGUUCUGUUGAUAUUGCUUUCACUUCACGUUGUUCCCUUUUGCUUUCUUUCUUUUUUUUUGGUUGCCCCCUCCCGAGGAUAUGAGCAGCAAAGCAAAUCGAGUUUGAUUAUGAUGAAAUCGUGAAAUGUUGGGUUGAUUUAUAGAUUCGAGUGCCAAGCUUGAUGCAAAAUGGGUACAAGAACCAAUCUCAGAGACCAAAACACCUCAGAGAUUCCGGUCAGAAGAUCAAAACGUUGGAGCCAUACUCUAAAAGAAGAACGUGUCGAUGAGAGUUUGGAGCACGAUAAAGAUGAUGAGGUUGUGAAAUACAUGUCAAAGUUGCCAGGUUAUCUCCAAGGAGAAGAUGAAGAAAGUAAUGUUUUGAAUGUUGGAGUCUUGGAUUGGGGUCGUCUUGAGAAAUGGAAGCAGCGUGGUGGUCGAGGGAAAGGCGGUGAAAGAUCAGGGAAACGUGAGAGUAAAGUGUCGGCUACUUCUACUACUUUAGGAACGGUUCCCAAUGGGGGCUCCUCCUCCUCUCAUCAAUAUCAUCAUCAUAGGUGUAAGGUUGAUGACCAAGUUCAUGCUUCUUCUCUUCUCGGUAAAGUUAAAGCAGCUUCUCGGGGUCUUCAACAUUCUUCUCACCGAGUUAGAUCCACUUUGGAACCUGAGCUUGCUUCUACUUCUAGGGAUGCUUUUAAUAAGCAGGAAAUAGCUACCUGCAGCUAUAAUAAGUCCUCUUCUCGUAAGGACAGAAGAUCGACUUCAGGUUUAUUGCCAGAGAUGGGCAACUCCAAUGGAUCUCUAGGCCCAAAGGGGAACUUAGUGAUCAGGGAUAAGAAGGAGUCUGAUAAGAGAGCACAAGAAGAAGCAAGAGAAAGCGGGAAACAAUGUGCUGAGAAGUUAGUUGGAGAGGAGAAGACCCUUGGAGACUCUAAUGAUAACUUGAAAGUAACAAGGGACGUUAGCAGCCGCUCUGUCCACUUUUCAGACGGGAUCAGUAGCUCUUUAGGAUUGAGAUCUCAAGUUCCUCCUCCUUCAAGUCCACUCUCUUUUGACUUGGAGAGAGAUUCUGAAGAUUUGCCUCUUGGUGUUGAUCUUUCUUGUAUAAAGGAACGUUUAAGGCAUUCAAAGCCAGCUUCGAGGAUAAUUGAUCCGGAAAUGCGAGAAGACGAGUCCAAAAAGAACAGACAUACUUCACCAAGCAAGCGGUUUAGUUUUAGCUUCGGUCGUCUAAGCAGAAGUUUCACCUUCAAAGAGGAUUCAUCAGCCGGUGGCCAACCUUCGACUUCUUCAAAUGAUGCCAUCAAAUCUGAUGGUUCAGCUUGUCCACCUCAGUCAAGUAACCCGGAGGAGAAGCACUGUGGAUCAUCUCGAGUCAGCCCUCUAAGAAGGCUUCUUGAUCCUUUACUGAAAUCUAAAGGCUCUGAAAAUGUUCUUCCAUCAAAAGAAGAAAGAUCAACUUCUACCAUUCCAAAGCCAACCAACAUGGAUGAAAAGAAGCAGGAUACAUCGAGGAGAACCAGAGCUCUUUUUCAGCUAACCACCAGAAACGGGAUCCCUCUAUUUCAGUUUGUGGUGGAUGAUGACAACCUCAACAACAACAGCAGGAGGAGCAUUCUCGGGGCUACGAUUAAAAACUCUGACUCAUCGUUCAAAGAUGAUUCUGUUCAAUACUGCACAUUCUACUCUGUUGAUGAAGUCAAAAAGAAGAAGAGAAGCGGAAGCUGGCUAAUCCAUGGACACAAAGAGAAACAACAACGCGGGUUCGUCUACACUGUGAUCGGCCAAAUGCGGUUAUGUAAUAACUCCAUGAGCUCAGAUAUAACAGAGAAGAACGUAUCUUGUAUCAUCAGAGAAGCAGUUCUCUUUGAUGAAACAGAGGAGCAAGUAAAAGGGAGAAAAGAGUUUGCAGCUGUAGUGAUCAAGAAGAAGCCUGCCGAAGAAAACUUGAACGCCCUCGAGGAAACCACUGUGAUCAUUCCAGGCGGGGUUCACAGUUUUCCGGUGAAAGGAGCACCGACACCUUUGGUUACCCGGUGGAGAUCCGGAGGGUUAUGCGACUGCGGUGGCUGGGAUGUCGGAUGUAAACUCCAUGUCCUAUCCAACAAAACACUCCUCCAUGAGUUGGACCAUAGCUUCAAACUGUUUGAUCAGGAAGAAAGUGAUCAAGACUCAGGUCCGGUUUUGGCCAUGACAGAGCUGAAGACAGGGAUGUAUAGGGUGGAGUUUGGUUCGUUUCUUUCUCCUUUACAAGCGUUUUUUGUGUGCGUGACGGUUAUAACGUGUGCCUCUGAGGAGGAAACGGUGUCAAAGACCACCGGAAGAUCUUCAUCCCCGUUUGCUCCACCUCUAUCUCCCGUUGGUAGAGUCUAAAACCCACAAGUUCCGGGACACAGAGAGAGGGGGAAGGAGUAUCUAGUGGUCGUCUUUCUUUCUUUGAAACUCUUUUUUUUUGUGUUGUCUCAAGGAAACCAAAACACACAUAUAUAUAUAGAUAUAUUCAGAAUAUAAUGAAUGUAUAUAGUAUAAAAUAUAAAUACACGCUAUUUCAAAGUUACCAUCAAUUACAUGCA